CUGGCUGGCUGUUUUCAGGAAUGCCUCAGCUUGCGCUGUAAUUAUAUUGUCCUUUCGCAAACAUGAAGUUUCAUCCCGCACAAGGAGAACGGCGAAGGUCUUUUGGUAUUGGCGGAGCUGGAAACAUACGCACAGAGGCUGAGGCAAGAAUCUCGUAUCCACUGCCAUCAGAGCAGGGUGGGCAACGUCGAAGCAGCAUGUGGAGCUCAAUAUCAGCCUCAAGCUCUCCACGCAAACCGAGCAUCUGGGGAGACAUGAAGGGUCUGUUCAAGAGCAAGUCGAACGAAUCCAGUCAAUCCAAACCUGAGUCAUAAGAGAUCAAUCACACCGAAAGAAAGCAGGAGGCGGGGAUGAAUCAAUUUUGAUGAUUUCUCAAGCAGUGUUCAAGUGGCAUUGAUUAUUGGAAGUGCAUCACCAACCACCAGCACCAGGCUCAUCCGAAAUUAUGGUAAUCAUCAUCACAACCCAUGAUCGGGGAGAUACAUGUUGAUUCAAUGUUUCGUGCUUUGUGAGCUGUCAUUGAUGAACAAUUAGCAAGCAUCAGCAAGUUAUGCCCAGGCAAUAGAAAUGGCUUUGCGGAUCAAAACAUGUAUUUGA